CUCUCUUUCGACAGCUUGGAUCCUCGUACUCUUUCUUUUCUCUCUCUCUCUCGCUCUCUCUCUCUCACAUCUCCACACCGCCAUCAUGUCGACCGCCUACAGCCCCGUCAACGCCGGGCGCUCAGGCGGUGUCGCCAGCGGAAUCCGCAUGCGCGUCCGCCCCCUCCACCUCAUCCUCAUGGCCGGCAUUGCCCUCAUCAUCGGCCUCCCUCUGUUGGCAGGCAGCGAGCGCCGCGACAACCUCCGCGCAUACAUUGCCAAGACGGCCCUCGGCGGCUCCACUCUCGUCCACCCCUCCAUGGCGACCCACGUCGCCCCGCCCUCCGGCGGCAUCCCUGACGCCGACGGCGUCCCACUAACACUCGAGGCCCGCCUCAUCAACCUCGUCAACAGGCCCGCCCUCGACCACUGGGAGGCCGAGCUGCCCAACCGCUACGCAUGCCCCAUGUUCACGUUUGCGCGCGUCACCUACUUUUUCCACGAGGGCAAGGACCCAUACUGGCACGGCAUCACCAAGGACCAGGUCCGCUCCUAUCGCCAGAAGAUGGUCGACUACUUCCGCGAGCUCGACCGCAAGAACGUGCCCCUCGUGUGGGACCGCAGCAUGGAAAACAGUACCCCGCGCAACAUGCGCCGUGGUAUCAUCUACACUGGUUCCGGCGUCGGCAAGGACCUCGCGCGCAUGACUGUCAGCCUCCACUUCCUGCGCAACGUCGUCAAAAGCAAGCUGCCUGUCGAGAUCUACCACUACCCAGGAGAGUUUGACAACUCGACGGCUCGCGAGGAGCUUACCCGCAAGUACAAUGUCGACAUCCGUGAGGUGUCGGUCCGCAAGACGGAUGGCAAGACGUGGUUGAUCAAGAACACGGCGUUUAUCGAGUCAAAGUUUACGCAGUUUGUGUACAUGGACAGCGACAACUACCCCCUGGCCGACCCCGAAGAGCUCUUCGAGUCGGUCGAGUUUAAGCAGUCCGGCUCGGUCUUCUGGGCCGACCUGAACAAGGACCACCCGGACAAUGCCAUCUGGCGCAUCCUCGGACGUACCUGCAGCGACGAGCAGUGGCCCGCCGAGUCUGGCCAGGUGGUGUUUGACAAGAGCGGGAACAACGGCCUCAACUUGGCCGUGCUCCACCUCUCCAACCACAUGAUGGACAACAACGAGAUGUACGGGAACCUGGGGUACGGCGACAAAGACACAUAUCGCUACGCCUUCUACGCCCUCGGCCUCAACUACCAACAAGCGCCGCGCCUGCUGGCCUCGGUGGGCGGGUAUCAGCGGCAGGACGGCACGUCCUCGCCCGACUACUUCUGCGGCCACUCGAUGAUCCAGUGGGGCCUCACGCCGCCCCGCGAGCGCCAUAAUCCCGAGUACCACCCGAAGCCGGCGUUCCUGCACACGAUCCUCCUCAAGCACCGGUACGGGCUGCAGCCGUCGCGGCUGUUCAGCCACACGAAGCGGCCGCGCGCCGACUUCAUCCUCGACCCGCGGCUCGUGCGCACGCUGUACGAGUUCACGGGCGACUGCUUUGCCAUCACGCUCAAGGGGCCGGACGGCCUGCCGGGCGAGCCGAAUAGCGUGCUUGACGGGCAGGGCGUGAUUGUCGAGACGACAGAGGAGGUGCUGAGCCGCAACCCCGGCGUGUGGAAGGAGCUCGACGGCGUCGCGGCCUUCUUGGCAGGCCUCAAUAUCCCGGGCACGUAGGCGGCGUGGGCCAGCGAUGGCGAGCGAUGGCGGGCGAUGGCGGGCGAUGGCGGGCGACAUGUGAUACAUGGGCAUGUGGCUGCUGUAUACCCUGGCGUACUAGAUUUGUCUGUAGGGAGAAAGGAUGCUGCUUUGCUUUGCUG